AUGAAUCAAAUGCCAAUUUUUCACCUCAUAAUUCUGACAUUCCUUUACUGCAGGGGGCAAGUACUUUUUUCCUCUGUGGAGUCGAUUCUGAUACCCAUACUACUUUCAACUUGUGGCCAGACCGACUUCUACCGACGUGAUAUUACCCACGUCCUCGGGCCCUUAACUGUGGAUGUUUUACUGUUCACUUCUGCUGCGAACAGAAUUCAAACUGGCAUCGCCACCAUUAUCGUCCUCGAGUACUCUGCAUUUCUCCAGAACGGGUUGAAGGGCACGACGCUUGUCCAGUCUGCCGUGGACUACUACCUGAAAUCUCCGACAGCUGUCGCAGUGGAGAAAGGAGCGAAAGAGAUUUGUCGUCAAGGCUACCACGGAGAGGAACUGGGAAAGAAGGUUCUUGAGUUCAUCCUUGAAAAUCGCUUGUCGAAGGACAUGAAAGAAAAGAAGUAG